AUGGUUUCAUCUGCAACAUUCCGCCGCGCAAUACAGAUUGCACCAGUGGUCGCGGUCCAGACUGAAUACUCGGUGGUGUCUCGCGAUAUUGAAAGCUCCGCUGGUACCGACCUCCUCGCCACCUGCCGUGAGCUCGGCGUUGCAGUGGUUUGCGCUACACCACUGGGACGAGGUCUACUUACCUCGACCUUUAGUCAGGGAGAUGAAGUAGGCGAUGAAAAAGACCAGCGCGUGAGAGUGAUGCCUCGUUUCCUGCCUGCCAACAGAGAGCAAAAUGUCAAAGCUGUCGGUACAUUCAAAGAGCUAGCUCGCAAGAAAGGCUGCAGCGUGUCUCAACUGGCACUUGCAUGGCUGCUUAACCAGGGUGAUGAUAUUAUCCCAAUCCCGGGAACAAAGAGGCUCAAGUAUCUGGAGCAGAACUGGGGAUCGUUGAGUAUCUCGCUCACAGAUGAGGAAGAAGCGGAGAUUCGUCACUUUGGAGACACGGUUGAGCUUGCGGGUGGCAGUUUGCCGGAACAGUUCAGAGGUCAUGUUUUCCGAGACACCAAAGAGGAGUCAAGCUGA